AUGAAAUUUUGUCAAUUGUAUCAUAAUAAAUAAAAAAGUAUACUUCCGAAGAAGAAGCUAAGAAAGCAAAAGAAGAAGCUAAGAAAGCAGAAGAAGAAGAAGAAGCUAAGAAAGCAAAAGAAGAAGCUAAGAAGGCCGAAGAAGCUAAAAUUAACACUAAUCCUUCUUCUGGAAAGGUUAUCUAAUUCGCUUAAGCUUUUAUUGCUAUUUUAAUGGCUUUCUGAAUAAAAAAAAAACCACGUUUAAAGCAAAUAAAAUAUUUAAAAGAUUAAUUUUUAUUUAAUUUAUUUGUAAGUAAAAUAUGUAUUGAUAGGAUUUUUAAUUAAUUGUCUAAUUAAUUUUUAAAAAAAUAAAAGGUUUUUCUUUUUUAAUUUAUAUUAAUUACAGAUCAAUAAAUAAUUCCCAUUAGUAAAUAGUAUUGAAUCAAAAUUAAUUAAGAAUUUUGAAAAGUAAAAAUUUGUAUUGAAGAAUGAUUGA